AAUUAAGAUGAUAGUACUUCACCUCUCCAGCUUGGAUCUCCUAGCCAAUUAAUCUCGCGGAGGUAUUUCCAUGGCCGGAGAGAACAUGGGACCAGCAGUACUGGUUCCAAUCAAACUCACGAGUGAUAAUAUAUAUGGCUAUCAACAGUGGAUAUCUUCCUCUCUUUCAUAUUUCGUUACCAUAAUCUUCUUGGAAUCAUUGACGGAACAGAGACUCGUCCUGAUCAGCAACUUCAUUCUCCUGAGUUUGUUAAUUGGAGUAACAGAGAUCAAAAGGCUCUUGAGUGGAUUAGAAACACUGUGUCUAUAGAUCUCCACCACCGUGUCACGGCCGGCGCCGACUCUUCACGAACGGUGUGGAGAAACCUCAAGAAACACUUCGAGGGUCUCCCUCUUGCUUACAUCUAUAAUCUCAAAAGUGAACUACAAAAUGUAGAGAAAGACACAGCCAUGUCGAUGAAUGACUAUCUGCAAAAGAUCUUCAAUCUGAGGCAAAUGCUUGCAGAUGCCGGUGCUCAUGUGGAACCUUGGGACUUAAUUUAUCUACACAUCCUGACGGGACUGCCAAAGGAGUACCGUACAAGAAUAGAAAACUCUAAUCCACGUACUUUCCAAGAGGUGCACUACUUGUUGUUGAAACAGGAAGAGGAAAUACAUCUGCUGAAUCAAGCGACGAGGCCGCCUCCAUGUACUGUUUCUGGCAGUGUUGUUGUCGCUCCCAAUUUGCAUCAUCCUUCUCUCUCUCAUGAUAAGGGUGGCGGAGAAGAAGAGCAUGCGGUCGGUAUCGAUCUGGGAACAACGUAUUCCUGCGUAGCCGUGUGGCAGAAAGAUCAUGUAGAAACCAUUCUGAAUGAUUACGGCAACAGGAAAACUGCAUCAUAUGUUGCAUUUACAAACACUGAGGAGGCGAUGAUAGGCGAUGCGGCAUUUAACCAAGUUGUGAGAAACACCGCCAACUCGAUCUUUGAUACAAAACGAUUAAUUGGAAGAAGAUUUAGUGAAGAUUCUGUUCAAAGUGAUAUGAAGCUUUGGCCAUUCAAGGUCACUCAAGGUUCGGAUGACAGGCCAAUGAUUGUGGUUACCCGCAAUGGUGGCGAAGAGAUACAAAUUGCUCCUGAAGAAAUCUCAUCCAUGAUUCUGGAAAAGAUGCGUAAGAUUGCUGAGACUUAUCUAGGCUCACCUGUGAAAAAUGCAGUCAUCACUGUCCCUGCUUACUUCAACGAUUCCCAGCGUCAGGCUGUAAAGGAGGCUGGAGUGGUUGCUGGCCUAGAUGUAAAGUGUGUUAUUGACGAACCAAGUGCUGCUGCCCUUGCUUAUGGCCUUCACAAGAAGACCGGUUGGAGUAGCAGCAGAAAUGUGAUGAUAUUUGAUUUGGGCGGUGGUAGUUUAGGUGUCUCCUUGGUUACCAUGAAUACUUCAGGGACAUUUCAAGUCAUGGCAACGGGUGGAGAUGGUCACCUUGGCGGUGAAGACUUCGAUAACAGAAUGGUCAAUUAUUGCGUUGAGGAAUUCAAAAGUAAGAGUAAAUUGGACGUGAGCAAAGACUUCAGAGCGCUUAGGAGAUUAAAGAAUCAAUGUGAGAAAGCAAAAAGGAGACUCGCAUUUGAGUCUGACUUUGACAUUGAAAUUGAUUGUUUGUGUGAGGGUAAAGAUUUCAACAUAACAUUUACCCGUGACAUGUUUGAACAACUUAACAAGGACUUAUUCAUCAAGUGUAUGGAGUCAGUGGAGAAGUGUUUGAAGGAUGCUAACAUGGACCGAAGUAGCGUCGAUGAUGUUCUUCUUGCUGGUGGCUCUUCUAGAAUUCCAAUGGUGCAACAACUAUUACAACAGGCUUUCAAAGGGAAGGAGCUGUGCAAGGGCAUUAAUCUGGAUGAGGCAAUAGCACAUGGUGCAGCUGUUCAAGCUGCAAUCUCCUGUGGGAAUGGAAAGGGGAAGCUUCAAGACUACAUUACUCUUUCAGAUGUCACUCCUUCGCCAGGGGCAACUCCCUUGGCAGAUGCAACUGAUACGACGGCACGGGGCAAACCACAUUCAUGGACCAACCCCUUUUCUUCGAUAUUUGGUAGUAGCAAAUGAUCCUGUUGCAGGAUUGGCUUUCUCGCAGCCUCUUUCCUGCACCAUACAAAGCUUUCCUCCGUUCUUUUAGUGAAUAAACUAUGGCAGUCUGAUUUGGGUGAAGAUUUUGGAUAUUUUGAUGGAUUAAGUUAUUUUGCGUGUUUGUAAUAACGAGUGAUUAAUUACGGUUAUAGACCAAAAUAAAGAAGUGUUUGGUUACUUAGGGUUUUUGGAGGAGGUUAUACCUCCGAACCUCUUUGUUUAGCAUAUGUUCUCUCAAGGCUUGUUUAAUACAAUUUUAGUUUCUAUGUUUAA